AUGCGGUUGCCCUUUCGCCAGCACCGCUCAAGGCGUCCGCCUGCCUCCACGAUCUACUCAACUUUUUUCACUCUGGCAGCGUUGGGGCCAAUCUUUUCAGAAGCCAUUCAUUUUAAUCCAGCCCCGCCCGCGAAUCUCGACUUUUCUAAUCUCGGCCGAAUAGCAAUCGCUGGCGACUUCAAUGGCAUCUCCCUUUACGAGUACGAGGGCCAAAUAUCAAAACCCCUUCCCACAAAUGGCAGCGAAGCCCUCCUUGCCAGACUUCCCAAUGGCGCUUUGGCACCCGUUGUGUCUACUGACGCGUCUAUUCGAGCAAUGUGCCUAUUACACAACGACGACGGCAAGUUGAAGGGAGUGGUUAUUGGUGGCAACUUCACGAGUAUUGACGGGACGCAAUCAACAGCAAUUGCGCUCUUUAACCCCAACACAACCGAAAUUUCUCCUCUGAAGGGUCUGGAGGGUGAAGUUAAUGCUCUAUAUUGCGACGACAGUCGGAAAACUGUCUAUAUUGGUGGCAAUUUCAAGGCGUCAAACUCUACCAAUGCAAUCGCCUGGACGGACGCAGACGGCUGGUCAAAUUUGCCAUUCGCGGGCUUCAACGGCCAGGUCAAUGCUAUUUCCAAGACCUCCAAUGGUCACAUUGUAUUUGGGGGUAGCUUUACCGGUUUAGGAAACACUUCUACCCCGAGCCAACCCGAUAGCCAAAUUAUCAAUCUAUCCGGCGGCAAGGUUACCGCCACAAAUGGUGCGACCACCAAUGGAUUCAGCGACCCCCAAAACAUUGUAUGCUCGGCAGGCACGGACGGACCUGGCAGCACUUGGCUUGCAGCUGACAACCUUCCCGCCACCUGGGAGGCCGAUUUCGGAUUCACAUUCCAACCCACCAAGCUGCGGCUGUACAACACUCGCCAGGACGGUCGCGGCACCAAGACGUUUAGAUUCCUUGCAUUCCCAUUGAACGGCAUAAUGAACUUCACCUACGUCGACCCGUCAACUGGGAAAAAUGCUUCCUGCACCAGUGAAUGCCCUCUCAGCAAUGAUCCCAAUGUCAAAUUCCAGGACUUUCGCUUUGUCAAUCGGGUCGGCAUGGACAGCUUCCAGGUCGCCAUAUCAGACUGGUACGGAUCUGGUGCAGGGCUUUCUGGCAUCGAACUCUUCCAGGAUGACAUGUUCGCAUACGCCAUUAAUAAUUUCAACGAACCCAAUUGCAAGGGCAUCCAGUUCCCGUCGACUGCGACAGCUACCGGACCCUGGACAGAGGCACCAUCGGUCCAGAGCAGUUCGGAUUACCUCGUGGCAAAGUUGAGCGGCGGCGACAUCAAUGACAAGUCUGCUUCGGUUGUAUUUACCCCCAAUAUCGUAGAAUCUGGUAACUACUCCGUCAACAUGUACACUCCAGGAUGUAUGCCAGAUGGAAGUUGCUCCGCACGAGGCCAGGUUAAUGUCACGGGCGUCAUGUCAACCGGCACGAUCGACGCUGGUUUCAGCACGACACUCUAUCAAACAAAUUAUUACGACAAGUUUGAUCAAAUAUACUUUGGUUAUAUCGAGAAGAGCUCGGAUAGUUUCAAACCCACUGUCACCCUUACACCUCUGGCAGGUCAAAACCUUCAGUCCCUCACAGUCGUCGCUCAAAGAGUAGGAUUCACUCUCACCAAGUCGACUGGAGGCCUCAACAGUCUGUUCGAUUUUGACCCAGAACAAAAGACUGUAGAUGUAUCCAGCCUGGAGAAGUCGCCAAUCAACAAACUGGGCUCCGAAUUCGGUCGAAGCUCGGCUGUCACAUCUCUGGUCACGUCCGGCGACACACUAUUCAUUGGCGGAAACUUCACUUCCAAGAAUUUUGUCAAUGCUGUCGCCAUCGGCGGCGACAAGGACACGACCAGCCCACUUGAUGGCGGCCUCAAUGGUCAAGUUCUCGACAUGCACCUUGAGGGAACACAACUGUAUGUCGGUGGCAAUUUCAACAGCACCCUCAACGGCGAUAAAGCACUGGGCCAUGCUGCCCUGUAUGACAUCAAGUCGAAUUCGUGGAAUGUUCUGGGUGGUGGUGUUGAUGGCCCUGUGGAACACGUCGUCCCCAUGCGAAUCAAUAUUACAUCUGACAAAACAGAAACCGUCAUCGGCUUGAGCGGGACGUUCUCACAGUGCAAUGCCUUUCAGAAUAACAGCAUUUCUCCUGCAGAGGGCUUCGCUAUCUGGGUUCCGUCUUUGCAAAACUGGCUGCAAAAUAUCGACCAGCCUUUGCCCACAUACAACGGCGUGCUCACUGCUAGCCUUGAGAAUGUUGCGGAUGUUGGUGACCUCUUCGCUGGUUCGUUGACAUCAGCACAGCUUCGUGCAAACGGAGCUGCCACCCUCAGUACACGUGGCCUAGGACCUUUCCCGUUCAAGAUCGAAGCUACGACCAGGUCCGCCUCCAAACUGCACCGCCGUGAGAGUAUUUCCAACGAUACGCUUCGAGGUGUUAUCACUGGUGCUUUUUACAGCACUGACAGCUCCAACAUUACCGUGCUCGCCGGCCACUUUACAGCUAGUUCAGCCAAUGGGUCAACCGUCAACAAUUUGAUGAUCCUUGAUGGCAAGGACAACGAGUCCAUCACCGGGCUAGGUUCAGGCAUAUCCGCAGAUUCUACAUUCAUCACUGUUGCUCUUCAGGGAAGCGUCUUGUAUGCCGGAGGAAUGGUCUCUGGUACAAUCGCAGGCAAGCAGAUCCACGGCCUUUUGGCUUACGAUCUUUCGUCAAAAUCAUUCGGCAGCCAACCUGCGCCAAUCUCAGGGAGGAACAGCACCGUUGCUGCCAUCGCUGUUCGCCCCGAUACGUCUGAGGUGUAUGUUGGUGGCUCGUUCGACAAAGCUGGUGCUCUAGGCUGCGAGGGUCUCUGUAUUUACAAUUCUAACUCAGGGCAGUGGUUUCAGCCAGGCAAUGGCCUGUCAGGUGAGGUCCUGGGACUCAUGUGGUCCAGCAAAUCAACCCUCGUUGUAGCAGGCGACCUACAGGCCAACAGUACGGAGAAGCGAUACUUGGCUACCUAUGACGCGAAGCAGCAGACAUGGUCAGCCUUCCCGGGAGCUGAGAGUAUACCCGGACCAGUUCAGGUCAUGACGGCUGGAUCAAGAGACGGAAACCAGGUGUGGAUUGCGGGCAAGUCGGCCAAGGACGGAUCAGUCUUCCUCAUGAAGUACGAUGGUAGUCAGUGGCUGACUGUUAAUGGAACCCUUCCCGCGAUUACGAUUCUUCGAAGUCUGCAGGUUUUCUCGCUCACCAAGAGCCACGCCAGCACACAAUUGUUGGGCGAAAACCAGGCACUCAUGAUGACUGGCUCGAUCGUUAUACCAAACGUUGGCAUCGCCUCGGCAGCAAUUUUCAACGGCACCCAUUAUCUUCCCUACGCUCUGACAACGAACUCCGGCAACGUGCCUGGAACCAUUGCCAGAAUCUUUACUCAGAAAGACGAUUUCUUUUCAACGGGAGGUGGCAGCAUGCCACUAGGCUUUGUUGUCCUCAUUGGGCUUGCCAUUGCACUUGGCCUAGUCCUUCUCAUGGUCUUGGCUGGCAUGAUUUUGGACCGGCUUAGGAAGAAGCGGGAGGGAUAUAUGCCGGCUCCAACUUCAAUGUAUGACAGAGGCAGCGGCAUUCAAAGAAUCCCCCCUCACGAACUGCUAGAAUCACUGGGCAGAAGUCGACCCGGGGCAGCACCCCACGUUUGA